AUUAUAGUAUUAUGUUUUGGUCUUUUCAAUGGCUUAAUCGACGCUGCAAAAUUGAAGAAGUUUGAAGAAUCAGCAAAUGCAAUGUCUCUUGAUUUUCUCAAAAUUUUACUGGAAACCCAAACUGGUAAUUUUAUUUCUUCACCAUUUAGUGUUUCUCAAUUGUUAAUGAUUCUUUCAACUGGAUCACGAGGUGGAACAAAACAUCAAUUUGAAAAAGUUUUACAUAUUAAACCAGCAGAUACCUUCGAACAUGGCAGCCUUGAUUUUACAUCGAAGUGGGAUAAAAACAUUUUAAGCAUGGCAAAUAAAAUAUACAUAAAUGAUCGCUAUACAAUACGUAAACAAUUCAUUGAUAAUACUUUAUUCAGCAAAAAAGGUGAAUCAAUGGGUUGA